AUGUUUGUUAUACCAAACUGUCAACCAGCUAUGCAACUUUACGGUUUGCUGGAAAUAAAAUUGUGCACGAAUGUAGAGAAUAUGGAAACAAGAGAAGCGCUUGAACAUCGCCUUCAACUGCUUGGAAUAAAGAAUUCUACAAUUCAAGAGAAAUCAGACAUAAAAACUUCUUUUGAAACAAAUAAUCCGGAUAAGCGAAUUACACUGAUUGCGGAUCCAUUUGAACCGAUAAGUUUUGAACAGAAAUUAGAGAAUAAAAUGAUUGGAAGGAAAUGCUCGGUUCAAUCAUGGUUAUGGCAUCAAUAUUUAUUACGGCAUGGUAAUUGUUCCUUAUGUGAGCGACCGUUUAAUGGAUUACAUGAAGUUGUGGUAGUGUUAACAUGUGCACAUGCUGUACAUCCAGAAUGUGCACAGGAAAUACAUCAAAAUCGAAAUGGUUGUCAAAGAUGUGAAGUUAGUCAAGCGGAAUUAGAUCACAGGAAACGAAGAGGAAGAGAUGAUAGAAAACGAUGUUUGUGCUGGAGAUGGUGUGUCCGUCAAACUCACUCACUAUUGUUAUGUUAA